AUGGCAAAGCAAGACGAUACCGGGCUUGAAAAGUUUCAGGAGCUCUUCUCUAGUCCUGACACUGAAAUCAACCAGAGAAGACAAGACGCUAUACGAACUGUUCGUGAAAAUGACGUUGCAUCGUUUCCCACUGAUCUUUCAGUACUUUCCGCUUUCGACGACGUGCUAGCGUGUUUUGCAUUGGGAGGACAAAUUAAGAACUACUAUAGAUACGGUACUUACUCGACGUGUGACGCCGAGAGAAAGAAGUUCUGGUUUGCUGUGUGGAACGGUUCCACUACUGAAAAGGAAAUGACUGUGGAUAAGCUAGCUGGAGAUGCUAGAGAACUAGAACGCAGACAAAAAGUCCAGGCUUAUUAUAAGGACAUUCUUUUGCAGAAGAAGGCAGAGGGACUGUCUGAGGAUGUGUGGCAGGAAAGAAAGGAGCUCUUGAGGCAGCCAUAUAUGGAGCUGCCUCUGCCAGAAACGUUCAACCAGUAG